AUCGCUGUAUUAGCUGAUGUUGGGUCGGGUUAUUAAGGGAGCUAGAGAGGGGCAUUUAGAGACGUGUUCACGACAGAGGCAUCACCAUGGCACCACUCGGACUAAAAGCCAUUGUGGGAGAAAAGAUUAUGAAUGACGUCAUCAAGAAGGUACACAAGAAGGGAGAAUGGAAGGUGCUGGUCGUAGACAAGCUGAGCAUGAGGAUGAUGUCAUCCUGCUGUAAGAUGACAGAUAUCAUGUCAGAGGGCAUCACCAUUGUUGAAGACAUCGGAAAGAAACGGGAGCCUCUCCCCAGCAUGGAGGCCAUCUACUUAAUAACUCCCAAUGAUGAGACUGUGGAGGCACUCAUAGAUGACUUCAGAGACCCUCGGUCGCCCAGAUACAGAGGAGCUCACGUCUUCUUCACUGACACAAUCCCAGAUUCAUUGUUUAAUUUGUUGACGAAAUCCCGCGCGUCCAAAGCCAUGAAGACCUUGACUGAGAUCCACAUCGCCUUUCUGCCCUAUGAGUCUCAGGUGUUUUCCCUGGACAAGACAGAUGCCUUCCAGGACUUCUACAGCCCCUACAAGGCUGACAUUAAGCACAACAUGUUGGAGCGCUGUGCUGAGCAGAUCGCCACUCUCUGCAAUACCCUGAAGGAAUACCCUGGCGUCAGAUACAGAGGGGAGUAUAAAGACUGUACCACUCUGGCUCAGCUCCUGCAGGACAAGCUGGACGGCUACAAGGCAGACAACCCCACCAUGGGAGAGGGUCCGGACAAGUCUCGCUCCCAGCUCUUGAUUCUGGACCGAGGCUUUGACCCGGUCUCUCCCAUCCUCCAUGAGCUCACCCUCCAAGCCAUGGGCUAUGACCUGCUGGGCAUCGAGAACGACGUCUACAAGUAUGACACCAGCGGGAUGGGGGAGGUCAAGGAGAAGGCGGUGUUGCUGGAUGAGGACGAUGAUCUGUGGAUGAGUCUCAGACACAAGCACAUUGCAGAAGUCACCACGGCUGUGACCCGUUCUCUGAAAGAAUUCUCAUCCACCAAAAAGAUGAACACAGGAGAGAAGACCACAAUGAAAGAUUUGGCUCAGAUGCUGAAGAAGAUGCCCCAGUAUCAGAAAGAGCUGAGCAAGUACUCCACCCACCUCCACCUGGCUGAGGACUGUAUGAACCGCUAUCAGGGCACUGUGGACAAGCUGUGUCGUGUGGAGCAGGACCUAGCGAUGGGUACGGACGCAGAGGGGGAGAAGAUCAAGGACCCCAUGAGGGCUAUCGUGCCCGUCCUGCUGGACAAAGACGUCACUGUCUUCGACAAGAUUCGCAUCAUCCUCCUCUAUAUCUUCAUGAAGAACGGUGUUUCGGAGGAGAACCUGUGUAAGCUCCUCCAGCAUGCUAACAUCCCUCCUGAGGACAGUGAUAUCAUCUCCAACAUGGCCCAUAUGGGCAUGCCCAUCAUCUCAGAGGGGAAUCCGACCCGCAAGGUGAAGAAGACUGACCGGAAGGAGAGAGUGAGUGAGCAGACCUACCAGCUGUCCCGAUGGACCCCUCUUAUCAAGGACAUCAUGGAGGAUGCCAUUGAGGACAAACUGGAUCCAAAGCAGUACCCCUACAUCUCCCAACGAACUGCCUCCACCCACUCCAGCGCUCCAUCAAGUGCCCGGUACGGAAACUGGCACAAGAACAAGGGCCCCACAGAGAUGAAGACUGGUCCUCGGGUCAUCGUCUUCAUCAUUGGAGGCAUGACCUUUAGCGAGAUGCGCUGCGUCUACGAAGUCACACAGGCCAAUGGCAAAUGGGAAGCCAUCAUUGGCUCCACCCACAUGCUCACUCCCACCAAAUACCUGAAGGAGCUGCAGCACCCUGACUUCCUGGACCCCAACGCUGCCCCUGAGGAACCAGAGCCUGCCCCCGCAGAAUGAGAACACACACUGAAAACAGGAUCAACCAAUAUCUUCACCCCUACAAGCCUUCUUCAAACUCUCAAAGACGUGGAUAAACACGCAGAGGUUUAAGCAGAACCCCCUGGCUGUAGCAGUCCCUCUCUUAACUAGCUAUCUGUCUCUUAACUAUCUGUCCCUCUCUUAACUAGCUGUCCCUCUCUUAACUAGCUAUCUGUCUCUUAACUAGCUCUCUCUCUCUUAACUAGCUGUCUCUCUCUUAACUAGCUAUCUGUCUCUUAACUAUCUGUCUCUCUCUUAACUAUCUGUCUCUCUCUUAACUAUCUGUCCCUCUCUUAACUAGCAGUCCCUCUCUUAACUAGCUGUCCCUCUCUUUACUAGCUAUCUGUCUCUUAACUAGCUAUCCGUCUCUUAACUAGCUGUCCCUCUCUUAACUAGCUGUCCUUCUCUUAACUAGCUGUCCUUCUCUUAACUAGCUGUCUUUAUCUUAACUAGCUGUCCUUCUCUUAACUAUCUGUCCCUCUCUUAACUAGCUGUCCUUCUCUUAACUAGCUGUCCCUCUUAACUAGCUGUCCCUCUCUUAACUAUAUGUCUCUCUCUUAACUAUAUGUCUCUCUCUUAACUAUAUGUCUCUCUCUUAACUAGCUGUCUUUCUCUUAACUAGCUGUCCUUCUCUUAACUAGCUGUCCCUCUCUUAACUAGCUGUCUUUCUCUUAACUAGCUGUCUUCCUCUUAACUAGCUGUCCCUCUCUUAACUAGCUGUUCUUCUCUUAACUAGCUGUCCUUCUCUUAACUAGCUGUCCCUCUCUUAACUAGCUGUCCUUCUCUUAACUAGCUGUCCUUCUCUUAACUAGCUGUCCUUCUCUUAACUAACUCCCCUAACCUCCAAACUCCCUCAGACGGCAUAUUCUACUCAGGACCGUCCAUACCAAACCCCUUCUACUCUACACAUAGAGCCAUUUCAAAUAUAUUAAAGUAAUGUAUUCAGAUAGAAUUUCUUAAUAGCAUGAAAUAAGAUCAUUUAAAGCCAUACUACCAAAAAACACCAUGUUUUACCUACUGUACAUAAACCCUGAUGACUGUAUAGUAAUAAUAUCAUUUCAAUUUGUUUGUCAGAUUGAAGGGAAGAGUAGAGAUUGAGUCUGUGAUGGAUGACUGUUGAUACUAUAUGAGCAGUGGAUGUAAACUGCCGUCUCAGGAUGCCAUUGUUGCACUUUCUUAAAAAGGAAGCCAAUCAUAGUGUAAUAUUCCUGUCUUUCCAACAGACCUUUCAUUACAUUUCAUAAAAGUAUUCAUAUAACAUUUAUUUGAAAAAAACAACUAGCUGAAUAUUGGAAUGAACUUGGAAAUACACUUGGAAUGUAUUUGAACACUGAAAUACCUGACUCAAAUACACUCCCAAGCGUUUAACCAAGGUACUUGAAAAGCCAGGUCUGUUUUUAGUGGUUUAGCAUGUAGCUUUUAUCUCAUUGCUUGUAAACGUUUCAGGAACAAUGAGCAAAAAUACCAAUAUUUUUUAAACUCACAAUUGUAUAAUUUGGACAUCAUCUUCAUCACCAACAUCAUCACCAUCUUCCUCGUAAUGCAAUCAGUAGUUUGUAGAAUAUAUGCCAUACUGUAUCAAUGUUUCUAUUCCUGGUGAAUAUUCUGACUUUGAAAAUGCCAAUGUGAAGCCACUCUGUACUAGUGCUCAUGUAGCUGUAGCUAGCAGUACAGUUACAGUAGUUGGGCUGUAGCUAGCAGUACAGUUACAAUAGUUGGGCUGUAGCUAGCAGUACAGUUUCAGUAGUUGGGCUGUAGCUAGCAGUACAGUUACAGUAGUUGGGCUGUAGCUAGCAGUACAGUUACAGUAGUUGGGCUGUAGCUAGCAGUACAGUUACAGUAGUUGGGCUGUAGCUAGCAGGACAGUUACAGUAAUUGGGCUGUAGCUAACAGUACAGUUACAGUAGUUGGGCUGUAGCUAGCAGUGCAGUUAUAGUAGUUGGGCUGUACCUAGCAGUACAGUUACAGUAGUUGGGCUGUAGCUAGCAGUUCAGUUACAGUAGUUGGGCUGUAGCUAGCAGUACAGUUACAGUAGUUGGGCUGUAGUUAGCAGUACAGUUACAGUAGUUGGGCUGUGAUGAUCAACCAACCAUUGGAAAGUUAUUCCUCUUCAUUUAGUCUCUGUUCAGGAAUAGUAUGUCAUUGAUUUGAUUUGCUAUUUCCUCUUCCUGUUGAAGCUAUAGUCUCGUUUUUGUCCCACUUUCUAGUGCAGCGUUGACACUGUCAUGAUGCAAACUCAUUUGUUGGUAUUGUUGUUGUUACACUUGUUGUUGAUUUUGUUACUCUAUAGUAGGGUUAUCUAUUAUUUCUCAAGAUAUAUUACCAGUGUAUUUGAUCAGAAUUCUAUGCUUGGAAGUAAUUUAUCCCAAACAAUGUAGGUUCACGUACUAAAGCUCUAAUAAAGUUGCUUCAAAGAAAA